CAUGAAAUGCUUCUGUAGGUUGGGAAUUGGUCCAGAUGGUUGACAGAUACGUUUUGCAUGGACGCUGCUGAAUCUGAAAAUGAUGGUCAAGAUGCAGAAGAUAAUGGUGAUGACAGAAUAGAUUCAGCUGAAUCAGAUUGUUUUAAGCUACUCAAUGAGUUGAGUGAUCUUCUGAUGCUCCCAAAGGACAUGCUUAUCGAAAAAUCCAUCAGGAAAGAGGUCUGCCCUUCUAUUGGCCUUCCAUUAGUAACAAGAAUACUCUGCAACUUCACUCCUGAUGAGUUCUGCCCUGAUCCUGUUCCUGGCAUGGUUCUGGAGGAACUGAAUUCUGAGAUAGACAAACAAAUUCCUAUAGUCGAAAAUGCGCUAGCAAAGAUGAUUAAUUUUCCACUUGCAGUUAAAAAGUAUAAUCACUAUUAG